UUCGUAUUGGCGUAUCUGACAUUUGUAGUUGUCAUUUGAGUUGGUAUUGUGUGCGAGUGGGAGUCUGCGAACACGUUUCGUAAAUCGGUAUCAACAAAAACAUGCGGUAAUAUCUUUUAAAAGCGAGUCAGUUAGCUGUUCAUCACUCACUGGAGAACCGUGUGGAACCUUGUUUUUAAUUUAUCAGUGCUGUAAUAUUAUAAACAAUGGAGAGUUACAUAAUGGAAUUAUUUAAAGAUGAGGUGACAGAAUGUAUAGUCGUGGGUAUAGGAAACCCAUUGCUGGACAUAUCUGUAAUGGUGGACCAUGAUUACUUGAAGAAGUAUGACUUGAAACCCAAUGACGCGAUCAUGGCGGAAGCGAAACACUUGCCCCUGUACAAAGAAAUCGUUGAAAAGUUUUCUCCCGAUUACGUAGCUGGGGGCAGUGUCCAAAACACAACUCGUGUCGCCCAGUGGAUCUUGAAGAAACCCAACGUUUGCUCCUACUUUGGAUGCGUCGGAAAUGAUGAGUUCGCCAAGAUAUUGAAAGAUAAAGCUGAGAGUGACGGUGUAAAUGUGCUUUACCAAGUGACGACGGAAAAGCCGACGGGCACGUGCGCCGUAUUAUUGACUGAUGGAGGCAACAACCGGUCGCUCUGUGCCAACCUCGCCGCCGCCCAACUCUUCACUGAAGACCAUAUCCAUAAACCAGAGUGCCAGGCUGUCAUCGAAAAGGCAAAGCUGAUCUAUUCUUCGGGUUUCUUCCUGGCGGUGUCGCCGGAGGCCAUGAUGACGCUAGCGAAACACGCCAAUGAGAAGAACCAGAUGUUUGCGUUGAACGUAAGCGCGCCUUUCGUGAUGGAGUUCUACAAGAAGCAGCUGGAAGACGUCCUGCCCUACGUCGACAUCCUGUUCGGUAAUCAGCUGGAAGCAGAGGCUUUCGCCAAAUUCUUCAAUCUAAAAGCAACCUCGAUUCAAGAGAUUGCUCUAGAAAUAGCGAAGUACCCCAAAGUUAACAAGUCUAGAGCCCGGGUGGUGGUCAUCACUCGAGGUUCAGAGCCCGUGAUCCUCGUGAACGAAUGUAAAAUUGAGGAGAUCCCUGUUACGCCUCUGAAACAGGAACAAAUUGUAGAUACUAAUGGCGCCGGCGAUGCGUUUACCGGCGGGUUCAUAAGCCAGGUAGUGCGAGGUAGACCUUUGAAGGAGUGCGUGCAAUGUGCUAUUUAUGCAGCGUCGCAUAUCAUACAGAACUCUGGUUGCUCGUUCAGAGGCCCUAGCGAAUUCAAGUUGGCCGAAUCCUAAGAAAUAGGUUUUUAAUCAACGGUUCUCAAGCCACAUGCAUAGUAUGUACCUAAGCUGUUCACGUCCAUUUUAUAUUUACCGGCUUAUUUUUAAUAUUUAACAGUUAUUUACACUUGUUUUAAACUCCCAGUGGUUUUAAUGUGCAGUUCAGUUAUGGAUCUCGUUAGUUAAGGCACCGGAUUUUGGGUGAGAACCCUUGUUGAAAAAUAACCUCCGUAAAGGUACACUUGGCAUGUGACUCGAGAGCCGUAAUUUUAAUACUUCC